AUGUUCCUCUCGAAGUGCCUGCCCAGCCACUCCGGGGAGAGGGAUGCUAGCUUGGUUUCACAAGAAAACGAUUCGGUACACUCGGAGGCGGCUCUGAUGGCGCUAGCACAUUCCGUAUAUCUUGGGGAAGAUGGGGUGCUCCAGCGUGUUGUGCAUAGGGAGGGCCUGUUGCCCUUUUCCGCACAGAUGCUCAUCGGAACCAACCGCCCGAGCUGCGCGUGCUGUGCCGCCUUUGCACGUCACCUCUCCAGUCCUGUGAAGCCCACCCCGAGGACACGCGGGGAUGAGUCGAGCGGCGCAUCCUACAUUUUGCCGGCAACGCAUUCGACCGUCUCCCCUUGGUCGAGCCCGCCCUUCGGCGCCCCUCUAGGCGUGUUGGAGGAAAUUCAGCGCGAUUUGUGCUCGGCGCUUCGCGUGGUAGCGAAUACGCAUGAUUCGGGGCUCCUCACGGCGCGGUACCGUGCACUCGCUGAGGGACCGCGUGAGCCGCCAAGACCUCAGCUAUGGGAGUCGGAGGAAUCGGACGACAAGUUUGGGGUCGCAGUCGCCUUACACAAGAUGGGUCGUAUGGGGUUCGACGACGAACUUUGA